AUGGAGCCCACCAACACGGCAGACAGCUCGAAUGAGCAUUUAAAGAUCUUCAAUCCGGUCCCUCACCCGGCUGCAACAUUUUCGCUGUUUCCCAGACUCCCUAUCGAUAUUCGCUACCUGAUUUGGGAAAAGGUACUCAGCCAUGAGCGUCUUCUACGAAUAUUCCUAAAGUCAGUUGCCAAGAACGAGAAGAAGUCGACCACCAACAUCGGAAACACCCGGCAUCGUCUACACAACCCUAAUCGAGAAUAUCGCAUUAUCUUAAGGGAGCGACAGGCGAUAAGCAAACUGUUUCAUGUCACCUCCGAGUCACGAUGA